UUUUGUGACUUUGGAAUGUGUGAACAAAAAUAUAAAUUCUUUAAACCGGAGCCUCGACUCUAUGAAUUUGAAUUGAGUGAAGAACUGGAAAAGAAGUGGAAAUAUGGAAUAAAAAACUCAAUUCCAAUGUUUUUAACGAGUCUUACUCCAUACGUAAACACCAACAUUGUUGUUUGUGAAUUGGAACAAAAUGACAAAUUGGAGAAAGGCUUAUACUAUUUUCAAUUAUCAAAAUAUCCAAAAAAUAUCGAGGAAAUGAAAAUUGCUCGUUAUUUCUUUCAAUUGCUGUUUAACUGUUCUUUCACCUUUUUUGAUAUUCAUCUGGCAAUAAUUAAUCCACAAAUGCUUGAAUUAUUGUUUGUUGAUGAAAUUGCAAGAAAUGUGCUUUUACAAAUACAUACACAAGAAACUGAUUUGAUGUUUUACGAUGAUCAUCCUUUAAAUAUUGUUCGGAAUCAUUUGGUAGCUAAUGAAUUUAAUAUUGAAUUUGGUAAACGUUUUGAUUUCGAUGUGGAAAAGAAGGCGGACGUUGUAUUAGAAAUUUUGGCAAAUGGUGGCGAUAAAUUUUCUAAUAUUUAUCUUGAGUAUCUUCACUCUAAACUUUACAAUUUAAUUAUUGAGGUUUGUAAAACUUAUUAUAGAGCUAAAUUGGGUAUAAUUUUAACUUGGAUAAGGUACAUGUUGAUUUGGCGGUACGACAAUUGA